AUGAUGGACCCUGAAUUUAAGUUAGGCAUGAUAUUUACCUCUGCCAAGGAAUGCAAGGCUGCAGUAAAAGAGUAUGCAUUGAGGAAACAGAAAAAGGUGAAGUUGGUGAGAAAUGGCAAAUUAAGGGUCAAAGCUGUGUGUAAAAGAGGAUGUCCUUGGGUUUUGUAUGUGUCUAAAUAUGAUGGGGAUGCAUUUCAAGUGAAAACUUAUAACAAGAAGCACACUUGUUCUAAGACAUACAACAAUAGGAAUAUAACCUCUAAGAUUUUAGCACAGUUUAUGGAGGAACUCAGAAUCAAUCCAAAUUGGCCUGUCUCUGCCAUGAAGCAAAGGAUUAGAAAGGAUUUGAAAUUGGAUGUAUCAACAAGUCAAAUUUAUAGAGCCAAAAAAAGGGCAUUUCUAAUGAUUCAUGGAACUGAUGCUAAUCGAUAUUCCAAGCUUUGGGACUAUUGUGAAGAGUUGAGGAGGACAAACCCUGGCUUCACUGUGGUGAUGGAAGCACCAGAUCAUGAGGAGCUUAGAGAGCCAAAGCCAAGAUUUUUGAGAUUAUAUGUUUGUUUGGAGGCUUGCAAAAGGGGACUUUUAGAAGGUUGUAGACCAUUUGUUGGCCUUGAUGGUUGCCAUAUAAAAGGUACACACAGUGGGCAAUUGUUGACAGCAAUUGGUAUUGAUCCCAAUCAUUGCUUAUUUCCAAUUGCAUAUGCUAUAGUUGAGAUUGAAAAUAAGGACUCAUGGGAGUGGUUCAUUGGGCUGGGUUUAAUUCCUGCACUUAAUGAACUAGUCCCAGAGUCAGAGCAUAGGCAUUGUGUGAGGCAAGAAAGUGGGAUCUAUCAGGGAUCCCAUGUGCACAUGCCAUUGCUGCAAUUCAUGACAGAGAACAUGAACCGGAAGAUUUACAUUGCUCAAUACUACAAGAAUGAAUCUUACCAAAGGGCUUAUGAACCUUUGAUUCAACCAAUGAAUGGCUAUAAGAUGUGGCCUAGGACAGGGUUGCCUCAAGUGCUACCUCCACACAACUACAAGCUAAGAAACUAA